GAAUAAACGAGACAGCAGGCAGAUUACUUACGGAGAAGCGUCGACGGGCAGACUGUGACUUGGCACUCGGACGUGGCCCGCCCCAUGACGUCGUCCAUGAAGAUACCCUCCAUCGACGACAUCGAUGAGCACGAACUGAUGCAGUUUGACCGGCAGGGCCAAUUCGACAGCUCCACCAUGGAGCGGCUUCUCCAGGCCGAGCAGAGCGUGCUCAAAGCCGCACAAGCCACGAUGGACGCGUCCAACAUGAUGAACUUUAACAGCAAGGGAGCUGGAAUAACCAAAGCGACGUCAUCUGGAGGUGGGACAGGGAUCGACGAAGCGCCGGCGUCCACGUAUACGUCGUACUGUGUGCCAGCAGAUUUCGGCGACAACGCGAUGCAAAAACCACAUCCGUCGUCGUCCUUGUCGGCGGUGGUUGCAGGAGCCCCGACAUCCACUCCACCGCUGCCUCGACUCAAGUAUCCGUCGGCCGCGCCAGGCUACGACAUGAGCUUUGAGAUUCCUCGAAGUGAGGAAUGGUCCACAUCGUCGUCGGCGGCGACAACGCGGUCGUCGUCUAUGCCCACGACGACAGAGCCGAGCGAUGGUGGCGGCGACGCCCCGCCUGCGGUGCGCAAGAUGGCAAGCCAGCCUAUCUUUGGCGUCAAGGCAAGCAGCAGCGUCGUCAACGGCAUGCCGCCCACUCCCGUGUCCAAAGGCAGCGACUCGAUCUACACGUUCACAGUAAAAAAAGCCGACAACAUCCUGGACCAGAUGAGCAAAAAGUCGACUGUCCUCGUCCAGAUCGACACGCAUCGGCGCAUGCUGUGCUUCCUCACGCCAACCAACCCGACGGACAAGGAAGAGUUUUCGUGCGCGGCCGUGAAUGCCAAGUCGUAUCAAAAGUUUGGGCUGCAUCUGCGCAUCGAAAAGGGAGGCCAGCAGGCGCCAGUGAUGAACCGGAAGAUCACGUUCUUUGGCGCAGACGACCGCGAUCGGUUCAUGGAAGCUCUCGAGCAGGGCAAAGUCAUGUACAAAACGCCCGCUAAAAAGGCCACCCACCACCACCAUCUUCAUGCGGGGGCGGCGGGGGCGUCGGGCAGCCACGAGUCGAGCGACAGCUUUGAAGACCUCGACCAGUGGCUCAUCGAGUGCAGCCACACGAGCUUUCCCGUGCAAGACCCCGACUUGGAACUUUCGCUGCUCGAAGGCGAACACGUGGUCGAGCAUGUGCAGCGCGUGACCAAUAUGGUCGUGAUCUCCCAGAAGGAGCGCGCCGUCCAGGGCGUGAUGAAGAUCACGAACUACCGCAUCGCGUUUAUGCCGUACGACACAUCUGCACGGUACGGGUCAUUCCAAGUACCAUUGGCGGCGCUGCUACCGAUCGUUCGGGAUGGCCUCAAGCUCAACCUCCCGUGCAAGGACCUGCGCAAGAUAUACCUGUCCAUGCACGAUGCAUACACGCAUAAAAACUAUUACGACGCGCCGCCGCAGACCCCCGACAUCCGGUGGAUCCAGCUGCUUAUGACCAAGAUGCGGCCGCAGAUUUCCAUCACGAGUUUGUUUGCGUUCACGUACAAAGCUGCCAAAGGCGACGCCGGCCAGGUCACGACCACCUCCAUGGACAUGAACCCGUGGCUCGUGUAUAGCCCCAUGAAAGAGUACCAGCGCCUUGGGUUCCUCAGCAACGACGACGACACGAACGACGCUAUUACGUGGCGCUUGCUCAAGAACCCCAAGUGCCGCUUCAGCCAGACGUACCCCCAGCUCAUGGUCGUGCCGUCGUGCAUGACGGAGGAGCAGCUCGUGCACUCGGCGCGCUUUCGCAGCCGGGGCCGCCUUCCCAUCGUCGUAUGGCGGCACCCCGACAACAAGUGCGUACUGGCGCGAUCUAGCCAGCCCAACUACGGACUCCAGUCCAAACGAUGUGAGGCCGACCGCAUCCUGCUCAAGAGCUACCGCGAUAGCGCCAACAAGAACAGCGGCGGCGUGGCCCCGCCCCUCCACAUCGUCGACGCGCGCAAGAACUUGGCCACCCAGGGCAACCGAUUCAAGGGCAAAGGGGUCGAAAACUCGAGCCAUUAUGACGGCGCUGUCGUCGAGUUCCUCGGGAUUGCCAACAUUCACAAAAUGCGCGACUCGGUCGAGAUGCUCCAGAAUCUGGUGCAGCCAAGUGUAAGCGACGACGGCCACAAGGGAUUUCACAAUACGCUGCAUGAAACAAGAUGGUUGAAGCACAUUAUGAAGAUCCUGUCUGGCGGGUGUCGUAUCGCCCAGAUCUUGCACGACGAAGGCGCGAGUGUGCUGGUGCACUGCAGCGACGGAUGGGACCGCACGCCCCAGCUGUGUGGUAUUGCGCAGCUGAUUCUGGACCCGUACUACCGCACGAUCCGCGGGUUUGCGUGUCUGCUGGAGAAGGAAUGGUGCUCGUUUGGCCACAAGUUCCACGACCGAGUCGGAGUCGGCAAGGAUGCCGCAGAUAUGCCCAACGAACGGUCGCCAGUGAUGCUGCAGUUUAUAGACUGCGUGUGGCAGAUGACGCAUCAGUUCCCGACCGGGUUUGAAUUCAACGAAAAGUUUCUGCUGCAUGUCGUGGACUCGCUGUACUCGGGUCUUUAUGGUACAUUUUUGUACAAUUCAGAGCAGGAGCGCCUCAAAGUGCACAUCUGGGAAAAGACCGAGAGCGUGUGGGCGCCCGUGCUCGAAAACCCCACCACGUUCACGAACCAGCUGUUCCAGCGCACGACGCGCGUGCUGUUUCCGCGCGCGAACUUGAAGCGCGUGGUGCUGUGGGAAGGGCUGUACUUUCGAUGGGACCCCGAAAUGCACCCGGCCUAUGUCGAGUCGCUCGACCCGUUGUCCAAGACCCAAGACAUGCACCCCGGCACCACGACCAACCCGACUGCUGCCCUAAUCGACGAGUUCCGAUUGGAAGAGAACCACCUGUCGCUGUCGGCAACCCAUGACCGCGCCGACACGGCGGCCUACUUGUCAGAUGCGUCUUCUCUCAGCGAGAACGACGACGACGAGUACCCGCUGUCUCGGCCUGCACAGCGUCGCAAGUCGAUGCAACAGCAGGCACCACCGGCCACCACCCGCCACGCGUCGCCGUCCAAAGAAGACACCCAGGCCCUGAAAGCCGCCCUUCAUGAGUUUACCGCGCAAGCCGCCGACCGCGCGCGCGAGCGAACCAAAGCCAACAUGCUGCGGGAAACCCUCGCGAUCAUUCCCGACAAGAGCCGAGUGAAAUAUUUAGAAGACCUGCUCACCGAAAGCGUAGCACGGGAGCUGCAGCUCGAGGCCCAGUUGGGCUCGUUACACGAACAUUUCGGCGCACCGGCAAAGAAAGCAGACGACAGCGCCGAUGGCGGCGGAGCUUGCCAUCAAUUCUAGCCAGACAGACACCACCACCACCACGGCUUAACGGAAUGAACCACGUUAUAAUACUGUACUCGUGGUACUAUUAUUGCCAAGUCGACUGACCAGCACCAAAUAAUAUACGCCGACAGUCGAUAUAUACGACCAAUUAAAACCCAAUCUUCGACAAAUUCAACAACGAAUUAGUGUGUGAC